AUGUUUGGCCGGUUGUUAUCUCUGCUGCUGCAGCGUCUGCUGCAGCGGCUGCUGCUGCGCUUCGGUGUAGAGGCAGCUGCGGUGUCUGUGAGCAGCAGCAAGGGCCUGCUGCUGCAGGGCCUAGCAUGCAGCAGCAGCAGCAGCAUAACCCCUGCGUUGCUGCUGCAUUCGCUGCUGAUAGGAGAAGUUCAUCUCAAGACAACAUGGAGAGACCUGCUGCAGCAGCUGCUGCUGCAGCAGCAGGGCUCUAUCGAGGUGUAUGUACACCGCGUAUACGCCCUCGUCUCUACGCAGAGAGACGAUGGCAGCGAAAGGGUCAAAGCCAAGCAGCAGCAGCAGCAGCAGCAGCAGCAGCAGCAGCAGCAGCAACAGCAGCACCUGACCACGCGGCUAGACAUCCGCCCUGGGGGGGCCCGCGUAGACAUCCGGCCGCUGCAGUGCGGCAUCGUUGCUGCUGCUGUUUCUCUUACACCAGCAGCAGCAGCAGCAGCAGCAGCAGCAGCAAUAGAAGAACCAGAAGCAGCAGCAGCAGCAGCAGCAGCAGCAGCAGGAGACGGGGGCGGAUGUCUCUGCGCCCCCGCCUCAACCCUUGCAGCAGCAGCUGCUGCUGCAGCUGCUGCUGCUGCUGCUGCUGCUGCUGCUGCUGUUUCUGCUGCUGUCUCCAUGGCUCGCCUGAGCCAGCAGCAGCAGCAGCAGCAGCAGCAGCAGCAGCAGCAAAGUGUGCCCGCGCUAAAGGGUCCUCCAGUUUCUGCUGCUGUCUCCAGGGCUCGCCUGAGCCACCACCAGCAGCAGCAGCAGCAGCAGCAGCAGCAGCAGCAGCAAAGUGUGCCCGCGCUAAAGGGUCCUCCAGCCGCAGGUGGAGGUCACUGA